AUGGAAAGUGGACCCAUGCAGUUUUAUGAGGAAAUCGAACCCUUUUGUCGAUGGAGGAGAACGGAAGACAUCGACAUUCUUGAGGUACAUCUUCCUCCAGGUUUAAAGAAAGAGCAUCUUAAAAUACAGAUCAACAACAAUGGUAUACUAACAAUAACAGGGGGCUAUCCUGUGGACCAAACCAAUUCAAUCAAGUUCAGGAAAGAAACAAAAGUUACAAAAAAUUGCAGAAGAAAUGAAAUUCGUGCAAAGAUAUCAAAGGGUGUUUUGUAUGUGACAAUGCCAAAGACAAGCCCUAUAGACGCGGCUCCCUCAAAGGCUUCUAAGGGAGACACAUUAGAAAUUCCAGACCAUAAAGUGGAUGAUCAUAUAGGUAUUAUAGCAGAGUGUGCAAGUCGAUUUCAUAGCCAUUUUUACUCAUUGAGGAAAAGACUAUGGAGGAAGACAGUCGUUGAGGGUGUCGCAGCUGUGGUAUUUGUGGGUGCUGCAGUUGUUGGGGUGGUUAAAGCUUACCAAUAUUUUAUGGCUUCACCUGUUUAA